AUGCCCUCCUUCAACCAAAUCGAAGUCGCCAACCACGAACUCGCCCAGAUAUGGCAGUGGAACGCUACUGUCCCGCCUACGAUCGAGAGGUGUAUACAAGAUAUCGUCAUCGAGGAGACGGUGAAAGAUCCGAGUCGUCCUGCGGUUCAAUCCUGGGAUGGCGAGUUGUCGUAUGGGGAGUUAGAUCGUUUGUCGUUACAACUGGCAGUUCAGUUGUCGGAUCUGGGUGUGACGGUGGGAACACUUGUACCACUAUGUUUCGAGAAGUCCAUGUGGACUGUUGUUGGAGUUCUUGGGAUUCUGAGAGCGGGAGGCGGGUUCGUCCUCACGGAUCCGCAACAACCGGAAGCGAGGUUAAGGACCAUAACUACGGAGGUGGAUGCGAAGAUUGUUUUGACCUCUGAGAAACAGGCAGAGUUGGGCGCGAGAAUAGCGCCUGGGUCGAAGAUUGUGGUUGUGGGACCGAAGCUGCGGGAUAAUACGGUCGAAGUAGGUGCGACCAAGUUGCCAAAGGUCCCGGGAACUUCAACACUUUAUGUUAUUUUUACCUCCGGGUCGACUGGGAAGCCAAAGGGUGUUGUGAUUUCACACGAGAACUAUACUAGUGGUGCGUUACCGCGAGCCGAUGCAGUGGGAUAUAGAGCACAUUCGAGAGUCCUGGAUUUCGCUUCGUAUGCUUUCGAUGUCAGUAUCGAUUGUAUGCUGGCCACUUUAUCACAGGGUGGCUGUAUCUGUGUGCCAUCUGAUGAGCAACGAGUCAAUGAUCUUCCUGGGGCGAUAAGAAGUAUGAAUGUGAAUAUGGCUCAUAUGACACCUUCCGUUGCUCGCGUGCUGCCAAUCGAUAUCUUAUCAUCAUUGGAGGUUCUGGGGCUUGGUGGAGAGUCUGUGUCUGCGGGCGACGCGGCGAUAUGGGGCGAGAAAACAAAAGUCAUUAUUGCGUACGGUCCAUCGGAAUGUACAGUUGGAUGCACGAUUAAUAACAGCAUUACGCCGGGAAGAGCAUACACCAGUAUUGGAAAGGGUUGUGGAGGUCUCACCUGGAUUGUUGACCCCGAUGAUCACAACGUCCUCACUCCCGUCGGCGCGGUAGGCGAACUCUUGAUUGAAGGUCCGCUAGUAGGCGUAGGAUACAUCAGCGAACCCGAGAAGACGAAAGAAGUCUUCAUCGAGAACCCAACAUGGUUAACAGCCGGCUCCAAAAACACACCAGGACGAAAAGGUCGUCUAUAUAAGACGGGGGAUUUGGUCAAAUAUGAUCCAGAUGGAUCAGGGGAGAUUGUUUUCGCGGGCCGAAAAGAUCGACAAGUGAAGUUACGUGGUCAACGUGUUGAGUUGGCCGAGAUUGAACAUCAUCUUCGUAGCAGAUUGCCACCUGAUACCAGUGUGGCAGCAGAAGUCAUUACUCCUGGAGGAAAAGAUAAGGAACCAACCCUGGUUGCUUUCAUCGCGGAAGCAGGACACACGAAAUCUGAUGAUAUUGACCCAACCACCUCUUUCUCACCAGCCCUCUGCAAGUCUCUAGCUGAGAUGGACGAAGGACUUGCCACCGAACUUCCCGCCUACAUGAUCCCAGCCGCGUACAUUCCCCUCCGACAAAUGCCCCAGCUAGUUUCUUGUAAACUUGACCGUAAGCGAUUACAGGAAAUCGGACUGGGAAUGACACAUCAACAGCUCGCCAAAUUCCGGGCCAAGGUCGCCGAAAAGCAAGCACCGAAAACAGAUACGGAGAAAGACCUGCAGAGAAUCUGGAUCAAGCUAUUUGGUGCGGAUAUUGACAUCGGUGCCAAUGACAACUUUUUCGCUCUGGGCGCCGAUUCGUUGAAAGCUAUGAAGUUGGUGGCUGUCGCCCGAUUGGAGGGGAUUUCUCUGACGGUUGCUGAUAUUUUUACGCAUCCCGUUCUUUCGCGGAUGGCACUUGUUGCUGGUCGUGUUGGGACGGAUGCUGAGGUUGAAAUUGCAGAGUUCUCACUAUUGGAUGCAGGGUGGGAGGCAGAAAAAGCCCGUGAAGAGGGGGCUAAGCUUUGUGGUAUCGACGCAUCUUCUGUGGAAGAUAUGUACCCCUGCACUCCGCUACAGGAAGGUCUCAUGGCCCUCUCGGCUAAAAUAAGCGAGGCCUACGUUGCUCAAAGAGUUGUCGAUUUGAAGGAUCUUGAAACUGUAAAUCGUCUGAAAGCUGCAUUUGAAGCAGUGGCAGCUGAUUGUCCAAUUAUGCGAACUCGUAUCGUUCAAGUUCCAGGACGUGGCUUAACACAAGUCGUGGCUAAGGGGGCGAUGCCUUGGUCUUCGGGUACUGAUUUGGAGGCUUAUCUCGUAAGUGAUAGAGAUCAGUCAAUGGGAUUAGGCGAGCCCCUUGCCCGUUUUGCGGAUAUCAGUGAUGAGAAAACGGGCAAAGUCCACCUUGUGUUGACAAUGCAUCAUGCACUUUAUGACGGCUGGUCAAUGCCACUGGUCAUCGAACGCGUCAACAAAGCCUACCAUGGCCUUAAAGCAGAAGGCCGUACUCCCUUCAAGAGCUUCAUCAAAUACCUUUGUGGUGCUGACCGUGCAGUCUCGGAAGCAUACUGGAAGGAGAACAUGCAAGGGGCUUCAGGUCGUCAAUUUCCCACAUUACCUUCUCCCGGGUACCAGACCCAGACAGACUCUCUGCUUGAGAAAUAUGUCACUUUAGAAGGAUCAUCAACUUCGAGUACCACCAUUGCUACCGCCAUUCGAGGUGCAUGGGCACUUGUCUCCUCACAAUAUCUCGGAUCCGAUGACAUCGUGUUCGGAGAGACACUCACAGGACGCAACGCACCAAUUGCAGGGAUCGAAGAAAUCGAAGGACCGUUGAUUACCACAGUUCCACUACGUGUACGCGUAAACCACGACACGCGCAUUUCCGAUUUCUUGCAAAACAUUCACGACCAAGCCAUUCUACGAAUCCCUCAUGAACAUUUCGGCUUGCAAAACAUCCGAAGACUCAGUCCCGAAGCUCGCGAGGCUUGCGAGUUGAGAACUGGUCUCAUUUUGCACCCCAAUGUCGAAGAGGUGCCAGCCAACACGGAAGAUAAUCCUGGAAAUGGGUUCGUGCCAGCCGAUGAUGAGCAAGCUGCGCGGGAGGCCUUGAAGUUCAAUUCUUAUGCACUCAUGUUGGUCUGUUCUUUGGGUCCUAAAGGGUUUUUGACCAUGGCGAGCUUUGACUCGAAGUGUGUCGAUGUUCCACAGAUGGAAAAGGUCCUUGCUGUUUUUGCACGUACUGUGCAGCAGCUAUAUGAGAAUCCAACUGGCCAAAUUGGCGAACUUCAAUUUGUGAGUGAGGAAGACAGAAAUGACCUGUGGAGGUUGAGCAAUUCUGCUUCUCACAGCAUUGCUCAGUCAUCAACAUGGAUUGUCGAUCCGGACGAUGCUGAGCGCCUUCUCCCGGUUGGAGCCAUUGGAGAGCUUUUGAUCGAGCAAGAUGAGGAGUCGGAUUUGCCCUCGAUAAAGAAUCCAAGCUGGCUUUCUGAAGGCUGCAAAGAUUCACCAGGACGCGAGGCUCCUCUUUACAAGACUGGCAUGUUGGCUAGGUACAAUAGUAAAGGCUCUAUAAUUUUCAAGGGUCGAAAAGAUGGAGUUGCCAAACCAAAGGUCCUGGUAGAAGCCAAACCGGAAAAGACAAAGAAACCGCUCACUAUUACACCUCGAGAGCAGGAACUCCUAAAACUUUGGGUUCGAGUUCUUGGCAUCAGCGAGGAGAUAGGGUUCAACGACAGCUUCUUCGAACUCGGUGGUGACUCCAUCGCAGCCAUGAAGCUCGUUUCAGAAGCUCGAAUGGAAAGUCUCGAAUUGACCGUGGCACAAGUAUUCAAACAUAGGACACUUUCCGAUAUGGCAAAGGUCGUUGAGAGCACGAAGGUGUCUGAAGUUAUCGUUGAAGCCGCUGCACCAUUCUCGGCACUCGACGUGCCCGAUGUUGAUAAAUUCCUGACCGAAUCCAUCUUGCCCCUUCUCCCACCAAAUAGCGCAAAGAUCAUGGACGUCUUGCCAACACGUCCCCUUCAAGAAAUUGCAGUCAAUGGAACAGUUCAACUUCCGAGAUAUUCCGCACGAUACGAACUAUUCUAUCUCGACGCCGGUGUUGACAAGGAGCGCCUUUUCAAAAGCUGUCGCGAACUCGUUUCCCGGAAUGAGAUCCUUCGAACGGUAUUCGUGUACCAUGCCGAACAAUGCUACGGUGUCGUACUAGAAGACCUGAAAAUCGAAAUCUCCGAGCACGUAGCCGAAGGCGAUCUCGUGGCAUUUUCAGAAAAGCAAUGUGACAUUGACAUUGAAACUGAAAUGCCUCUUGGUUCAGCCUUUGUCAAAUUCCUCUUCGUUCAAGGCGAGGGAGAGAAAAGCUGCCUCAUUUUCCGCAUCUCACACGCCCAAUAUGACGAGAUAUGUCUCCCUCCUUUGCUCCACCAACUUUCGGCAUUAUACGAGGAGAGACCUGUUCCAGAGGCUAUUCCAUUCUCGGAGUUCAUUUACCACGUCCUCAAAGAGACUAUUCCACAGAGUGUCCCAUACUGGGGCAAUUUACUGCAAGGCUCUUCGCUAUCAGUAUUGAAACCAUCAGAGGAGUUGACAACCCGGAAAGCAAUCGCAAUCAACAAAACCUUCGACAUAUCAGCUCGCUCAAAAGAAAUCACCAUCGCAACUCUGCCCACGGCUGCAUGGGCAUUAUGUCUGGCCCGUCGACUAGGUGUUCGCGACGUCGUAUUCGGAGAAGUAGUCAGCGGGCGAAACAUCAACCUCCCCAACUGCGACACAGUAAUGGGACCCUGCUGGCAAUACAUCCCAUGCCGCAUAAAAUUCGAAGCCGACUGGACCGUCACCGACCUGCUCCAUGUCGUCCAACAACAACACAUCAAAAGCACCCAACACGAAGGCAUGGGACUUCAAGAAAUCGUCAAGAACUGCACCGACUGGCCAGCCAGCGUCGACUGGUUUGACUCCGUUGUCCACCAAGACGUCGAGCAUGUGGAGAAUCUCGCAUUCUUGGGUGCGAAUAGUAGGAUGGAUACGAUUUAUCCACAUCUUGAGCCUUUGAGAGAGUGGAAGAUUCAGGCUUUCCCUAAGGGUGAUACGAUUUGUCUGGAGGUUAUUACGUUUGAGCCGUGGGCGAAGACUGCUACUUCUUUGCUUAAUGAGUUGGGGGAGAUUAUGGAGCAGUUAGUGAAUAGGCCUCAAUCGGCGCUGUUUGCGUGA